AUGUCGGUGGCAGAGUCAAAGUACCAAGCGGCCGUGGAUACCAGCGAUGCCAGAGACCACGUCGCGGCUGCCAGGGAGCACGUCGAUGCCAAAAUUGCCACCGUGGAGUUCUGCAACACCGCCAAGCUUGCAGAAAUUUCAGCCAACUGCAUCGCCAUCUUCACAUCGAUCCGAGUGUCUAGGCCGCUGGAUCGAAAACGAGCCCACCAUCCCGCAGCCCACUUUUCACACAACCCCCUGUUCCCAUUCCUACCGUCGAGACUUCAUCCCCCUCAAGCCCUCCUUCCCCGCCCACAGCAGCAGCCAAAAUCCCCAAUCCCCGGCCGUCUGACUAGGGCUCUACCGUCAGCCUCCUCCUCCGCGGCCUCCUCCGCCGACGGCCUCCUCCACCAGACGACCUCCUCCAUCGUCAGCCUCCUUCGCCGUGAAGCACCUCUGCUGUCUGCGCCGUUAGCCUCCUCCUUCGCUGGCUCCGCUGUCGGCCUCCUCCUCCGCUGGCAUGGCCCCUCCACCGAUGCAGCAGCCACCACAAGUUCACGUGCUCGGUGCGUGGUGCUCCAUCUUCGGCGAACUCAGGAAUAUGGAUGGAGCUCUUGGCUUUAUACGUCUGUGAAGCUUGUUGUACUGAUGAACGACAAAUCAAUUUCUAUAGCCGAGGGUGGCUGACAUGAGCUGGAAGAUACAAGAAAAUUCAGUAGAAGGAAACUGAGACAAGCCCCCUGAAAGAAGGCUACACUGCAGAAGCAGAAAUAAUGUAGAGAAUGUACAGGAUGUUUGUAAAUUUGACUUGUAAAUUUGGCUUGUAAGGCUACACUGCAGAAGCAUAAAGAAUGUAGAGAAUGUAUCAGAUGUUUGUAAAUUUGGCUUGUAAACUUUAGCACAAACUCGAGAAGAAAGAAUGUACAGAUUGUGUUGCGCUCAAUAUAUCAGUGACUCAAUAUAGAUUGUGUUGUACUCU